AUGGAUGGGCCACUCGAGCCUCGUCUUGCAGCGAACGUUGGCCAGGAAGCGGUAGAAGCGGAAGCUAUUGUGACACCCAAAAGUGGGUUGUCUAGUUCAGAGGACCGGGUUUCUUCAGGUGGCAAGCAGGGUUCAUCUGGUAGGCGAAACAAGUCUACGACGGAGGGGUUGGGGCGUGUUUUUCUCCCAUGUGUAAUCGUGGCAUUCAUAACCGGUGUAUUAUUAGGCACACAGCUGCCUCUCGAACGGAUUCGGCGCAGUUUCCCAUUUCAUACUUCUCCCUUAAGGGAGCACAAAGAGCAGCAGCUUCUUUUGGAGGCACCUCCCCCUCCACCGUCCCUGGCACGGGGCCCCGUCCAAGAUGAAGUUGCACCGGGAGCCACCGAAGUGGACGAUGCUACUCUUUCACCCGCAUCGCAGCUGCCGCCCUACGAUCAAUGGGGUUUACCGUUCCUUCAUCAUUUUGAGCAGACGCUGCCGCCUGAGUUGAAACGCGGCAAGGAGGAAAUUGCUACUUUACUGCGCGAGUCGUGCUCGAGCAAGCCUGAAACCAGCCUUUUCUCACAUACAAUCGCACGAAAAGCUGCCAGUGUCCUUUCAGCAGGAACGAUGGACAAUUUGGUUGGGAUUGCUAUCACUCUACGUGAAGUUGAGCCAAUAAAGCCCAACGGGGAAGAAACCACGCACGCACCACGCUCAGUGCUUAUAAGAGGAAUUCUGAGCGUCGGGUAUCCGAGUAUAGUGAUGGAAGUAGAGGAUACAGAAACUGGGAAUAUGUAUUCAAUGCGGAUGCGAGUGUUUUCUGCAGCAGGCGUUCAGAGUGUCAUAGAAGAAGCGAAACUUUUGGCCUCGGCGCAACGCUGGGCGGACUCGGAGGAGAGUAUUGCAAGACAGGCGUCAUGCGGCAUUCCGGCUCAUUUGGUGGCAAAGCAGAAAGGCUUUGCCAUUCCUUUGUUUGUCGGCAAUCUUGCAAACAUGCCCAAGGUUACAUUGCACGGGGGUUUCUACUUCUUCAGCCGUGUGCAGAUCUUCGGCAGGCUGCACGGAGAAUUCCGCUUUGGCUCUCUCGUUACAGCCAACCUUUCUAUGCAUGCAAAGGAGUACAUGGGUCGUCGUUUGGUGCAAACAGUUCUUAAACUGCAGCAGGCACUACUGAGCCACAAUAACCUUGACUGGACGAGCAUAUAUGCCCUUCCAGACGGCUCAUUUCUUUUGGGUGGCUUCGAUAGUUGCAUUCCUUUCGGGCAAGCGAUUGGAGUACACAUAAGGCUUUCUGGGAAGCACGUAGAGCCAACCCUGCGAAUUCAAGAAAACUUGUAUGCAGAAAGUGCUGUUCCCCAGGCUAAUAGUGACCUUUGGUCCCUAGGAAUGCUCCUUUACGAGUUGUUCACAGGCGGCAGCGUCCCGUACACAGAAGAUGAAGCCGACUACGCAGAGCACGGAUUGAAAAUGUCCAAAUACCUCAUCGACAGUGAAGUGGAUCCUGUAGAACUUGUACUUGAACUGAAUGAAGCGAACUGCCCCCCCCGAUGGGUACAACUCAUUCUCAGGCUGCUGCAUCCUGUUAGAGGCACAAGAAUAACGGCCUGGGGAAUUCUCAUGGAGUUUCCUGACCUCACAGAGCAUCACUUGCCAAGGUAG